AUGUGUGGCGUCAGCACCAUCUACAAGUGGAUUGCAGAGCGGGCAGCAAUCGAGCAACAUGUGAAACACGGCUUUGGGGUCAAAGUUCGUGUUGUGGUGAAGAGUUAUGCUCGGAAGCAGAAGGUUGUCUGCGCGACACCUUCAAGGUAUGCCCUCCGCGCCCCCCGCAAGCCCAUCGACGAGGUUCGUCGCGUCCUGGAGUGGCUUGCUGGAAGUCCAUCCGGAUCGGUGUCCUUGAAAGAGCUUGUGAAUCAGUUCUCCAUCGUACCUCAAUUUCCAGACAAGAGCAUUCAAGCACAGGUCGCGUUUGUUCGUCGCAUGGUGCGUGCGCAUGCCCUGCAUGGUCAUGUGUCCUUCAAGAUCAAGCGCCACACAGGAAAUCCCACGAACAGUGGCUCCAGCCCACCCGUCGACCCCCAGGAACAAUCACGAUACGAGAUGCCAUCGCUGUCCCUUGCCCCCCCGAUGCAUCAAGCCCCAGCUAGGCCCUUGGCGCCCAGCGACGACAACGACGACAACCUCAGUGACAUCGGUGUUGAUUCUGUUGAUCUCCUCGACGUCCUACUUCAAGACUACGACUGCAUGUCGGAUAGUGAGCUCAGCGAGGCAUAUGCCGUGCCGAAGUGUGCAUCUGAAGUGGACCGCCUCAACAAUCUGUUUCACACGAAUGGCGAGGAAAGCUUCGAAGUCGUCUUCAUCAAGGUUGCGCAGCUGUGCCAAGGUGACCCGCUUGGCGUUGAAUGGAGUCUUGCGGAGCCAAAGACCCGCGUGGUGACGCUCCAAGACGACGCUGAGUUCGAAGGGCUUGAUGGGGCCAAGCGACCGAAACUCAACGGCCCAGGCACGUACCCGUGA